CGUAGGGUGGUAGCCACGUUCACAUUCUGAGAACACAGGCAACAUAUGGUUAUUUGACUUCCUCUUUCUAAUUCUUAUGGGCCUUCUCAGAGUACCACUCUCCGGUCGUCCUUCGCAGAUGGGGGAGAAGCCUGGCUUCUGGUGAGAUGGGCUUUCCCUGCCAUUGGCCAGGCCAGGUCCCCAUGCUUCUGUGGCUGCUGCUGACCCUGGGAACAUUUCCAAAAGCUUUUCUUCUCCUCAAACCUCCAUGGUCUACAGCCUUCAAAGGAGAGAAAGUGACUCUCACCUGUGAGGCUGACCAUUCUCCUGCCCAGGGAUAUACAUCUUGGUAUCACAACUGGGCUUUCUGGGUAACCGGCUCUAAAACAAUCCAAACACAGAAGUCUGGACAUUACGCAUGCAAGACCCAAAGAUCUUCCAUCAGUGACCCCGUGCAUGUGGAAUUUUUAUCUGAGUGGCUGAUCCUCCAGGCCUCACACCCUGUCUUUGAAGGAGAUGAUGUAGACCUGAGGUGCCGGGGGAAGAAUGAAGAAGAUAUUAAUGAGAAGAUUUACUACAGAAAUCAAAAAGAAAUUGGUCGUCAUCUCUCAAAGUUCACACUACGUUCAGUCUCCAGGGACAAGAGCGAAUAUCAUUGUACUGCUUCUGGGGAAUCUUUCUGGGGGCCAUGGGAAGAAACUUCAAAACCUUUGAAUAUCCAAGUUCAAGAGCUGUUUCCACAUCCUGUGCUGAGAGUCAGCACCCCCCAGCCCAUCGAGGGGAGCCCAGUGAACCUGAAAUGUGAGACCUGGCUCCCUCCACUGAGGUCAUACAUUGAGCUUCAGUUCUGUUUCUUCAGAGAAGAUAAGGUCCUGGGAUCUGGCUGGAGCAGCUCCCCGGAGCUCCAGAUUCCCACCAUGUGGAGUGAAGAUUCCGGGUCCUACUCGUGCCAGGCAAACGCAGUGACUCCCAAUAUCAGUAAAAAAAGCCUGAGAUCCUGGAUACGUGUAAAGAGGAUCCCUGUGUCUGAUGUGAAUCUAGAGAUCCAGCCCCCUGGGGGCCAGCUGAUUGAAGGAGAAGAUCUGGCCCUUAUCUGCUCAGUAGCCAAGGGUACAGGGACUGUCACAUUCUCCUGGCACCGGGAGGGCACGGAGAGGAGCUUGGGCAGGAAGACGCAGCGUGCCCUGUCCGCAGAGCUGCGGAUAGCUGCGGUGAGGCAGCAGGACGCUGGGAGGUACUACUGUGCGGCCGACAACAUGCACGGCCCCAUCCUCAGUAGACGGAUCAGAGUCAAUCCGAGAAUUCCAGCGUCCCGCCCUGUCCUCACCCUCAGGACACCCAGAACCCGGGCCAUGGUGGGGGACAUGGUGGAGCUUUGCUGUGAGGCCCAGAGGGGCUCUCCCCCGAUCCUGUACCGGUUUUAUCACGAGGAUGUCACCCUGGGGAGCAGCUCGGCCCCCUCUGGAGGAGGAGCGUCCUUCAACCUCUCUCUGACCACAGAACAUUCCGGGAACUACUCCUGUGAGGCCGACAAUGGCCUGGGGGCCCAGCGCAGCGAGGCGGUGCCACUUUCCGUCUCAGUUCCAGUGUCUCGCCCCGUGCUCACCCUCAACCCUGCCAGGGCCCAGGCUGUGGUGGGAGAUUUGUUAGAGCUUCGCUGUGAGGCCCAGAGCGGCUCUCCCCCGAUCUUAUACUGGUUUUAUCACGAGGAUGUCACCCUGGGGAACAGCUCGGCCCCCUCUGGAGGAGGAGCAUCUUUUAACCUCUCUCUGACCACAGAACAUUCUGGAAACUACUCCUGUGGGGCUGACAAUGGCCUGGGGGUCCAGAGAAGUUACACAGUGACACUCAACUUCACAGAGUUUUCCACGAACAAAGUAACCCACAUCACUGUGGGCGUCAUCGGGUGCCUGCUAAGCCUGCUUGUCCUUGCUGCUAGUGCUUCUUUGGUGAGUCACUUCAGGACCCAAAGGAAAUCAGGAGGACUCGCUACCACCGGAACACCCAGUUACAGUCCCAAGGAGCAUUGGAAGCCUUCCUGGUCCGGACCCCCCCGCACAGACCCCCGAAGGCCCACCCCCGGUGAGCCGCCUGCCCUGAUGGAGCUGCAGCCCGUGUACAGCAAUGUGAGUCCUGGAGAUGACAACCUGGUCUAUUCCCAGAUCUGCAGCAGCCAGCAUUCAAAGGAAAAUCCAGGUGAGACACCUUCCAGACAAGUGGAGGUGAGGCGGCCAUGUGUGAGUGGAUCCAAGAGGCGGCUUCUGAUCGGGCCUCUCAAAUAUGAGUGGGACACGGAAAGAAGGCAUCCUCUCCUCCCUUGCAGCCAUCCUAUGGCUGUGUCCCUUCCCACAGACCCGUGUCCACUGCCACCGGACCCCACACACUCUCUGGGGACAGACACUAUUGUUUCCCACAAACAUACUGGUAACAUCUAGUGCAGUGCUUCGAAAACUAGGGCCUCUUCAGAUAGCGUUCUGAAAGACUGUAUGACCAGUGCUUACUGGGGUCAGCCUCUCGUAACCUGAUGCGUAGACGAUCAUAAUUCUCCCAACUGGCAUCUUUAUUUCUCAUCUCGUCCUCCUCUAGCCCCCAACACUCUGUCUCCAGCACAAUCCCUCUGAGAUGCCCUGCUGUUCACACCCCGGCCCAGGUUAACUGCCUCGGUGGCUCGUCGUUCCACAGCUGGACCCUUGCCUCCCCCUGCACUUCGGCCCCUCCUCAAAGCUCCAUCCUCACCCCAGCCGCGCUGACCCUUCCCAUUUUCCUGAUUAUACUGGGCUGUUGCAUGCUUUGGUGCUCUUGUGUCUCUGUCCCGAUUCGUCCUUACCCCCACCUAGUUUACCCGGCAGCCCCUGCUCACAUGUCAGGACAUAGUUCGGGGACCUCCGUGAAGCUUCCUGCUAGCUCUCCCUGCGUCCGAGCCUGGGAGGAUGGGUUACCCGUACGGCAACAACAGAGUUCAGUACGGGUUUCUAUCUUGGUGUCCAUCGUACUUGUUGCAUACAUUUAUACAUCAGCGUUCACCUUAAAAAUUAUAGGCUCCUGGGGUACAUGGACCGAGUUUGUGUUGUUUCUCUGUCCUUGUAGCUUAUCAGUGCUUCAUAGUAGGUCAUUAUUCAUUGAGUGCUUAUUGGCUAAAUAAAUAAAAGAGAUCCAGAGGACCCUUGGAAAGAUAAAAGAAACACACACUGAAUUUUCUUAAUGCUUCACUUCAGAUCUUCACCGGGAAUUUGCUGUGUGGCCUUAGAACGUCAACCCCCUCUCCAGCCUCCUCCACUUUCCUUGCAUGGAGCCAACCCGUGUGCCUCUUUUCCCCAAUCAGUGCAGCCACAGAGGCCCUGAACGGGGUGGGCUGGGAGCACAGGGGCCACUUUGCUGGGGUGAUGAGCAGUGGAGAGAGAAAGAAAUCAUCAGGAAAGUCACUCUGGGCAUUUGGGGGGCAGGGGAAAGUUCUAUCCGUGUAUGGGGUUGGGAUACUCUGAGGCUUGGAAGAAUCCAGCAGAGCAAACCACCAAGAGCUGAGUCCGCAGAGGAGAGAUUUUGAAAUGCGUUGUGAGUGCAUUGUAAGUUGGAAUACGUCACCCACAGUCUAAUACUUUUCUUCCCUCCUCCAUCCAACAGCACAUGCACCAAGGACACGUUGGAAGGAUGAGGUGGGUCCCCCUUUCCGGCUCCCUCUCCCCUCUGCUCCUCCUCGCCUGUACUAAGGUACUUACUGUUUGUGGGGUCCCCACCAGGAACCCGCAAUCAUCUAUUCAGAGGUGAAGAAGGUGCACCCAGAUGACCCCGAAGGGCAGGCCCACGAAGAUGCUGCAGGAAACUAUGAGAAUGUCUCCUGGGCACCGCCAGCCCUGGACUGCUAGCCCCCUGCCCAGGGCGGCACACAGGGACCCUGGGAGCAGCCUAUGCCUUCCCCCUGUUCUCCGCAACCACGCACCCUCCGUCUGUCCAGGAGGCUGGGAGAAAGGUCUGCCCCACCCCGCCAUGCCUGAACCUGUGUGCGCUCUGGGAACAGAAGGGGCAUUCCAGUAAACACUGCAUUUCUUCACAGGAGAGACACGUGGGAAGGCAGGGCCAGUGGGCCUUUACCUCCUGGGCCCGUGGAACAGAGGAGGAAGGGCGAAUGGUCUAGCCAGGACCACGAGGGUACAGUCAUGACCAUGUGCUCAAAGUGGGAUCGAAAGCUUCGAAUGUGCCAUCUCUUCGCAAACAAUUUGCUCUAAAUACUUUGUUUCCCUUUUUUAGAUAGACAGCCGGUAAAUGACGUCAACGAGUAAGAUCAAUACAGAUACAGGACACACACACCCCCAUGCACUUAGAAUUUGGGGCCUUCACCAGUCUUCCUCUCUCCCAAGAUCAAACUUCCCCCGUACCUGUAGCAGCCGAGUUUCGCUGUUUAAUUGCUCGACAUCCACCAUUUGGAGGCUCCAGAAAUCAGCGCCCGCCCUGAAAGCCCAGGGAGGCCGGUGACUCUCAUGACUCGGGGGGCAAAGCCUAGUGUCACUCAGGAGCCCGCGUGGCCUGAGCUGGCAGGGGCAGUAAGGACGCAGGCAGUCAGCGGGCCCACGGGAGACACCCUUCCCACUGCCCACCGACUCCCACCGUGGGAGCAAACGUUUAAAAAGCAUGCCAUCUGCGCAGAAGGCUCUGGAAAAGCAGCAGAGUUGCUCUGAGCGGCUUCUAUCCGUGUGGAAUAGCUGGAAUCGUGAGCCUGUGUCACCUGGGGUGACAUGGAACUUUUUAUCACUGUAAAAACAAUAGGUCUUAGCAAGCUGGUGCGUUCACUGAGGACAGGUGGACAUCAGCUGAUACACGUCACGGACAGCAUGGAUUUGACACCUGCCCUGUUAUGACUUCAAGUAAAGAACAGAGUGAGGCUUUGCAAACCUUUGGAACAGCAAGAAUAACAAGUACUAAGUGUAUUUCAAAUGUUAUUCCUUUCCUUGUGGGUGUCAGAAGCUCAGGCAACGGGAAGUGUAACAUAGAGCAAAAUGUAAAUCCAAUUUGAGGUUUUAAUCUUAGCUUCAUGAAUUUGGCUAGCAAGCUACCUUGCUGAGGGAAAAAACAUGAUGUCCUUCGUAAAGAGGGAAUACAUAUUUUCUUACGAAAGAGGGACUUACAUGUCUUGUUUCCAUAAUGCUCUCCAGAAUGUGUGCCUGGCCUUGAGAGAGAGCAAGAAAUCCAGGUGUAAUCUGUGUCUGUGCUUAAAUUUGGCCCCGAAUGCCUCCCGACUUUGGGCUCCAGGAAGAAUAGAGCCAGAAAGGGGGAGAGGGACAUGCCACGAGGUGCCAGCUGUGGGAAAUCCAUCUGGAGGGGGAUGACAGGAGGCAGAGUCCCCGAGGGAGAGAGGCAGCAUCAAGGCACCAUCCCGGGGCCGGUAAGAGUCAGUCUGCAGGAGGGCACAUCAGCCGUGGAACAGUCACCAGGACGGCAGCCGCUCGGGUGGACAAGAUCAGUGAUGCCAGCAAGAGAUGGGGACCACGAGGGGCUCUCUGGUGCACAGAACUGUCUGACGGGGCACAGACCCUCCUCCCAGAACUCCUUAUCCAGUUCCUCAAACUGAGAGCAAACAGUACCUGUGAGCAGUCGGGAGAGUCUGAGGAAUAACUGGGAGAAUAUCCAAGAGGAAGGCACAUUUCCAGCUAGUCAGGACGGUAACAUUUAAGGCCUCAAGCUCUAAGACAUGACUACAAUUUCUUUCUUUCUUUUUUUAAAUCUUUUUUAAAUUUGCUUAAUCUUUUUUAUCUUUUUUAUUUUUUUAUUUUUUAAUCUUUUUUAAAUUUUUAAAUUUUUUAUAAUGUCUUUGUUUACAUCAUAUCGAUUUUAUUUAUUUACAAAUGUCUUGAAGAAUAAUUUAUACGCAAUAAAUCACGCAUGUCUAAAGUAUACAAUUUGAUGUUUUGGAAGAUACACACAUCCACGAACCCACCACAAUCAGGAUCCCACCCAUCUCCAACACGCCCCAGGGUUCUCCUGCCGUCAGGAGCACCUCUUUCCCUCCACACUGGCUCAGGCCACCACGAGACGCGUCCCGUCACUAUAGAUUAGAGCGCAUUUGCUAAAGUUGUAUGUAAAUAGGGUCAUUCAGCACGUACUCCUUGGAGCCUGGCUUCACUCACUAAGCUAAAGAAUGUCGAGACUCCUCCACGUUGUUUCAAACAGCCGCAACACAGUCCUUUUUCUGGCUAGAUAACAUGCCAUUGGACAGACCACAUUGCCAUUAUCCGUCUAUCUGUAAAUGGACAUUUGCAUUGUUUCAUUCGUCAUUAGUAAAAAUAAAACCGCUAUGAAAUCACA